AUGGCGAACCGACCAGUGUCACCUCUCAGCGUAGUCGCAGAAGAAGAUGACCCCGAAUCUGCCGACACCAGUGCAUUAGGAACUCCCAAGCCCGAAGAUACUCAACACGGCACUCAAUCGGUCCACGAUGGACUGCUAGCACCAAGUCGAGAGGAUAAGAUUAUAGAGGACCUCACUUGCUGGCUCAUCGCAUAUAUCCAAGUCAAGACAGACAGAAGCUACAUAGCAGCUGUCAUUGUUGGAGGCAAGCUCUCGUCUACUGAAGCCAAGCUCAUCGACGCGGCUUUCUCCAUUCUGGUGGCUCCAGCCGUGGCCGCAGUUGCCAAUUGGCAUAUGUUCAAACUUGCUCGUCUUUCUGCAGUAAACGAGCAUAGCGGAAGAAACUCAGCCGUGAGCAUGAAGGUCCUCGUUGAAGCCGCCAGCAUAGACUGGGGGUCCUUUAGCCCACUUAAGUUCUGGACUUUCGUCCGUUCAAGAAGGCCUCGCGUGAUCUGCUUGGGAAUGAUCGCUGUUUUCUCAGCCCUGAGUUUCUCGUUGCUUGGCAAUGCUGUGGCAUAUCAACAGGCCGGAGUGGAUACGUCUACGCAGGUGCUUGAAUAG